AUGUACAGCGAGGGGUUUCAUCCCCUGGCAGGGUCUCCCAGACCGAGAAGGAGUCCGGCGUUUCCAUCAAGAAGCUUAGCUAAGAGUAAACCAAUACCAGGGCCAACCACCGUUCUGGUAACAAAGUCGUAUGAGGAGACUUGCACUCGUAUUCACCACUUGGCGUCGACGUUCGGCAUCAGUGACGUCUCCAGUUAUGCACGUCAAAACUGCAGGCUUCUUCAGUUGCUUGCUCCAGGAUUUACUUGUGAACAGAUCAUAUAUUUUGUCAAUUCAUGUCACAAAAGCCUCUCUAUUCAGCAAGGGAAAGCAAAAUAA